AUGGAUUUGGAACAUGAAAUAUUAGAAGAAAUAUUUUCUGGAUUUGGUGCAAUAACUCAGAUUGAAGUGGAUCCUUACAAUGGAUUUUUAUUUUGGACCUCGAAAUUGGGACUGCAUAGUUUUGAUUUGACCGAUUCUGAAAAGUCAAAUAUACUAAUUUUAAAAAACCAAAAUAUCGGUCCAUUUGUUAUAAAUUAUAUACAGUCAUGUUUGUUUGUGAUAUUCCGAAAGCAAAACACAAUAAUGUCUGUUUCUUUGGAUGGUCAGAAAGUAAUAAAUAUUAGAAAUAACACACAUACAGCGCUAUUUUCUGAUGCUACAUCUUUAUUAUAUGUGAAUGAAUUAUUUUAUUGGUCAAAUGGUUCUGUAAUAAUGAGAGAAGAUUACUUUAGUGAUGAUCAAAAAUACUAUCAAACUAUAUAUCCGGAAAUUAAUUUUAAAGUCAAUUUAUUAAUAUCUAAUUUUAUUGAUCAACAACCAAUACCGUCUCCUAGAAAUCCCUCAAAGUCAAAAAAUCAUUCGUUCAUGUCCAAAGUGAAACAUGAAUUUAAUGCAAAGAAUCGUCAUUUGUGGUACGAAUAUGGAUCAGAUGAACCAUGGAUAAUAUUAAUAUCAGGACUUGUGUUGAUUUCCCUAUUUUUGACCAUGGCCAUUAAGUAUUGGAGUGCUAAAAAGCCUAAUAUUAUAAGGAAACUUAGAGAAAUGCCACAAUCUUUUGUACUUACUAAUAAUGUGGGUUAUCAAAGAGCCGUGUUGUUUCAAAAAAGAGACAACAAUGAAUUGAUCAGAAUUAAACGUAAGCAAAUAACACUAACAAAAAGAUUGGGAUCAGGAGCUUUUGGAGAAGUUUUUGAAGGAAAUGUCAAAGAUAUAAUAAAUGAAAAAGUUGAAUAUUGUGUUGCGUUGAAAUCAUUAAAUGGACGUACCAGUCAAUAUGUAUUAGAAGAAUUUUUAAAAGAAGCAAAAAUAAUGAAUAAUUUAAAACAUAAAAAUAUUUUAAGAGUUUUUGGAGUAUGUUUAGAUAAUGAACCUAAUUUUAUAAUUAUGGAACUUAUGAAAGAAGGUGAUUUAUUGAGUUAUUUAAGAAAAACCAGACCAACCCAAAUAUUAAAUUGUAUGGACUAUAUGAGAAUGUGUAUUGAUGUAGCUGAAGGAUGCUCAUACCUUAAAAAUAUGCACCUUGUACACAGAGAUCUUGCAGCACGUAAUUGCCUGGUAUCGUCUUCUGACCCUAAAGAGCAAGUUAUAAAAAUUGGUGAUUUUGGAUUGGCAAGAAAAAUGUAUGCACAUUAUUACCGAAAAGAAGGAGAAGCUUUACUGCCUGUUCGAUGGAUGUCACCAGAAUCACUAGUGGAUGGUGUCUAUACCAGUCAAUCCGAUGUUUGGGCCUUUGGUGUCUUGUUAUGGGAAAUUAUGUCUCAAGGUCAUCAACCUUAUCCAGGACUGUCUAAUAUAAAUGCCAUGAAUUAUGUUCAACACGGUGGAAGGCUUGAAAAACCAAUAAACUGUCCAAAAACUUUAUAUAAUUUGAUGAAAAAAUGUUGGCAUGUCCAUCCAGAAAAAAGGCCCACUUUUGAAUUUUGUUUAAAAUUCUUAAAAUCAUAUUAUAUGGUCUUAGAAUACAUUAAUAAGAGAGAUACAGAACUACAGAUUAUUCCUGAAUAUUUAAAUUUAUAA